AUGAAACGUGAUCGUGGUUCAAACUCUGCCAACGUUCGUAAGCCACGAGUUAAGACAAGUGCUAGUAGCGCUAGGCUCGAUAUUCCAAAACAGGCACCUCCACUUGUGCGCAGUAACACUUUGCCUGUCAAUCACACAACUUAUCCUCGCGUUCCUCGUGCUAAUUCUCUAGGAUUACAAGAUAACGAGAAAUCUAGAUCUGACGACGGUUUUCACUCCGAUUCCGAUAAAGACAGUAGUCAAUCUGCAAAUUCGAACUUAAGCGUACGUAGCGUUAAAAGUUAUCUUACCAAAACCUCUUCAAUCAAGUCGGAUGUCGUCGCAAAAGUACGUCCAAAAUCUUCUCUCGGAACCUUGUCGGAUAACUCAUCGUCGGAUAAAUCAAAGGUCGACCAUGUUGAUGACACUUUUCGAGCUGAUAGGCAAGCAGGAGAAGCAAGGAAGAACAGAAAGAUUGAAGAUUUGGAAAUAUCAAUAAAGUCAUUGAUGAAAUUCAAUGUAGAAUUGGAAGCUUCUAAUAAAAAGCAAGCUGCAGAAAUUCAAGCAUUGAAAAGAAAACUUCAUAUGUAUAACGAUUUGGCAGAAAUCGAUAAAGAUAAUGACGUUCGAUUCCGUCGAAUAUGUAUGGUGAUUGAUGAAUUAAUCCAAGAUGCAAAUGAUGCUCUUAAUUAUACUACGAAGAUUGGAGGCAGCAGAGUUUUGUCAAGUGCUCAAUUAGACUCCGAUAAUAAACAAUCCAGUAAAAUAUCAGAUAAUGUUUUAUUAAACUCCUCUAAAAACUUAAAAAUCCACACAUAUCAUUCAGCAGAGAAAAGUAAUGAUGGUACCAUAACAGCUAAUGAAAUAAGAUCAAGUUUGAGUGAAAUUAAUAAACAAACAUCAGUAAAUAAUCCAAAGAUAAAACCUACAACCGAAAAAGACAAUAAACAUUCAACAACGGUUCAAUCAUCCAAUUUUCCUUUGGCUGAACCUGUUGAAGAAAACAAUAAAAAAUUGCAGGCAAACCUAGAACGUGCUCGCACAGUAGUUACCGAACUUUUAUCCCUAGAAAAAAAAGACAAUAAUAAUGUAAAUAAUAACACGCCUUACACUCCAAAUAAUUCGGAACGUAAAGGUCUUGGUUUGCUUCUACCAUCUCAAAAUGAUCAUUCAAAGCAUGUGACUCAUUCAAAACAUGUGACUCAUGGUUCGAUUAGCGGUAGCGAUUCACCACAACCUUCCCCGAGGAUGAUCCUUUUAUACGAACUUCAGGAAUCGUUGGGUAUUGGCAAUGCGGAAUCUUCAAAAUAUUUGAAGGAGAACCGAAGGAGUCUACCAGUAAUGUCAUCCAGCAAGAUUAAUAUCAUUUCACCACCUGAAGAAGAAAGUCAAGAAGGAAAUGAUUCAAGACCGAGACGAAGUCAAGCUCAAUCUGAAAUAAGUUUACGUCGUCGAUCAUCACCGAAUUUUAGAACUUCUUCGCUUUCUCUACCAAAGUCGAACAUGUCAACGGAUCAUUCCAGCGCAUCGCUUGUAAUGAAUGAUGAUUCUGUUCUGAAUUCUCAUCCACAUGGACCUGAUGUUGAGAAACGUUCACUUUUGGUAUCUUCAUGG